UCUCCCUCCUGUGCACGGGAGGCCCGGGCCAGCCUCCCGCCGAGGCUCUGCCCUGCUCUGCCGCCCAAGGCUUCUGUCGGCCCGGCGCCCCGCUCCGCUCCGCCCGGCCCCGCGCCCUCCGCGAGUUUGCUCCGGGGACUUGCUGUCUGUUUCCUCCUCUUCCUUCUUUGUUGCUCUGAAAAGCGGCCUCGCCAGAGCCCCCCACUCCGGAGGGAGUUCGAGUCCCGCGGACCCGCCGCCCGCGUUCGUCCUCCGCAGGCAGCCCGCCCGCCGCCCGCCUUCAUUGAUGCACCCCUUCCAGUGGUGUAACGGGUGCUUCUGUGGCCUGGGACUGGUUAGCACCAACAAGUCCUGCUCAAUGCCACCCAUCAGUUUCCAAGACCUUCCCCUCAACAUCUACAUGGUCAUCUUUGGCACAGGCAUCUUUGUCUUCAUGCUCAGCCUCAUCUUCUGCUGCUAUUUUAUCAGCAAACUCCGGAACCAGGCACAGAGUGAACGAUAUGGAUAUAAGGAGGUGGUGCUUAAAGGUGAUGCCAAGAAGUUACAAUUAUAUGGGCAGACAUGUGCGGUGUGUCUGGAAGACUUCAAGGGGAAGGACGAGCUAGGCGUGCUCCCUUGCCAGCAUGCCUUUCACCGCAAGUGUCUGGUGAAGUGGCUGGAAGUCCGCCGUGUGUGCCCGAUGUGUAACGAGCCCAUUGCCGGUCCCUCGGAGGCCACCCAGAGCAUCGGGAUCCUGUUGGAGGAGCUGGUGUGAGCACUGCCUCUCUGCUGAGACUUCACUCCUCGUGGGCGCCUGGUCCCUUUGCACAGCUGCAAUGAACAAGACUGCUAGGUGGUGACAGGUCCCAUUCACCUGAAAGGGAGCAUGGCACAGGGCUGGUCUUCCACUGUCAGGGUGAGACCAGUGCCAGGCCUGCCCACCCUUCUGCCUCCUGGAGCCUUCUUCCCUGCUACUCUGCUCUGGCGGCGUCCCCCGUCAAGGCCACUGUGUCCUGGUACUGGACUAUCUGCCCGCCUUGUCCCUGCUCUGUGGGGAGGGAAUCCACCUUUAUCUGGCCAAGAACAUGGGGAAACCCCUUCCAAGUUCCCUUUAGGAGAAUGAGCUGCCUUGACCUAGCAGGGAUAAGGUGGGCUCUGCCCACCUGCAGGCUUCCCUCCCCUCUCUAUUCCUUCUGGAGGAAGGUUAGAAGGAAGGGAACAAAAGAUGAAGGAACUAAGAACCUCCAGUGGAGGGGGGCGGGCUCUGUAUGAAACAGGGAAGGGCGGGGACAUAUAAAAGGAAAAAGUCAGUGUUUACAUGGGGCCUGCUGGCUGACCACAGGGCAGUGCAGGGGCAGAUCCCUUCCCCUGCCAGGAUCUGAGGUGCUGUCCACGCUUUCCCUCUUCCUCCGUUAAUCUCAGAGCUUCCUAUUCCAUGUUGGGGUCUGGGUGCCCCUCUAGAGGAAGGGCUUGUUCUACACUCACAUUGACUCCCAGGGGCUUUUUCUAAAGGAUCAAAAGGGGCCUGGGGAUGGGGGUGUCUGAAGGUUAAGGUAGCAGCAGAUGCCUUCUUUCCCUUUGUAAAUAGUAUUUUUGUACUUCAUCCUCACCUUCUCAGGCUUUAUACAGGGAUUCCCCAGAAUGAAGGGGGUGGGGGCCUUCUGUUCCUCCCUGGGAAUGGGUGAGGGUGGGAAAAAGUUAUGUAUUUAAAGACAAUUAAAUUUAAUAAGUUUCUCUAACCUC